ACUGUUGUGUUGUGAAAUUUGUUUUCUGCGCCGAGGCAGCAAUUCAAAAAUUAUUCUGUAAAUAAACUUCCUUGAUGGCUUCUAACAAGGAAUCCCUUAUAAUAGUGCUAGAUGUGCGCACCUGUGCCGCCGAAGAAGUCAAACUGAAAUCGGCAAAAUGUGUGGCGGAGAUUCUUAAGGACAAGAUCGUCUGCGACAAGAAGGACUAUGUGUCCUUUGUCCUGGUGGGGUGCGACGAUAAAGAGAAGGAAACCCAACCACAUGUGGUCCCAUUUGGAGACCCUAAACUUUGCAGUUGGCAGCUGCUGCUGGAUUUCUUCGAGUUUGUAAAUAAAACAGCCUGCGAGGAAGGACAAUGGUUAGAUGGUCUCCAGGAGGCACUGAAGCUCCAGGAAACCGCACUUUCAUUCAAGCCCGCCAGACGAAGGAUUCUCCUGCUCUUCGAUUUCAAUGACUUUCCGCAGGACUACAAAAAGUUCAACGACAUCACGGAUGACUUGCUGAAAGAGAACAUCGAUUUGAUUGUGGGCUCUCAUAACAUAGCCUACAAGGACAAUGCCGAGACCGAUCAGCCGCAGGCCAUCUUCAACUUCUCGCGGAAAUGCGGCUCCGAUGAGCUGGAGAACCAGAAGCACGUCCUCAGCCUUGUACCCCGCUGCAAUGCCACGUUGUGCAGCUUCAAGGAGGCCCUGCUCACCGUUUUCAAGGUAACCACCCGACGACCCUGGGUGUGGAACGCCAAGCUGCACAUAGGCAGCAAGAUCUGCAUCAGCCUGCAGGGCAUGAUAGCCAUGAAGAACCAGACGCCCGUAAAGCUGGUGAAGAUCUGGGCGGAGAAGGACGAAACGGUGACCCGGGAGACACGCCACUUCAUCAAGGGCAGCGAGGUGACGCCGCUGCCUGAGGAUCUGAUGGCUGGUUACAUGCUGGGCGGCACUCCGGUGCCCUACGACGAGAACGUGCUGGAGCCAAAGGAACCGUAUCCGCCAGGUCUGCAUUUCUUUGCGUUCAUCAAGCGAAAUGCAGUGCCAGAUGAGUACUACUGUGGAGCUUCAUUGUACAUGCUGGUGCACCAGAAGAAUAACAAAUCGGCCGCGGUCAAAAUGGACGCCCUGGUGCGUGCCCUCAUCGCCUCGGAUCGGGCCAUCAUCUGCUGGAAGAUCUUCAGCACCAAGUUUAAUAGUCCACACAUGGUGGUGUUGCUGCCCCGCCUAGGAGACGAUACUCAUCCGGCUACUUUGUACAUGCUGGAAGUUUCCUAUACGAGCCAACACCAUUUCUGGGAUUUUCCCAGUCUGCGAACGAGCAAGACGCAGUGCAGCGAGGAGCAGCUGCAGGCCAUAGACGAGCUAAUCGAUAACACCGAUCUUGAAUGCACAUUACGAGACACUCAGCAACCUCGUCCAUGGGCCCAGAACGAUCUGCUUCCCUUCGACGGACUACCCAGUAUCUUUGAGCAGAAUGUGAUGGACAUCCUGGAGCGAAAAGUUAUUUGGAGUCAAGAUCAGAAUAGUGAAAUGCUGAAGGAAAGGAAUUUCGCAGAUGUUUUCUGGCGGGUCCCGGAACCGCUAGAAGAAAAAUCAAAGAGGGCGGCUGCCCAUGUAAAGAAGGUAUUCCCACUGCGCUACAGUCGCGCCUGGAAGGAAAAGCUGCUCGCCAAAGAACAGGCAGAAAAUGGUGUGCCCGUCAAGCAGGAACCAGCGGAGAAGGAGAUCCCGAUGCCAUCGGAUGGCGUUGGUCUGACCAAUCCCGGCUCAGAUUUCACGCGCAUCCUGGCAAGCAUUCGAUCCAUCGCAAAUGCUACCCAGCGUGAUGCCCGUUUCCAGGCUCUAGCUGCCGAUACCCGAGUGGUCAUACUGACGCUUCUGGAACGCAAAAAGCUCAACAGCGAACAGCUGGGCGAGAUCAUCGCCUUGUACCGACAGAGUUGCAUGGACUUUAACACCUUUGUGGAGUACGAUAAGUUUGCCGAGGAGCUGAAAAAGAUCACGUUGGCCAAGAAGCACAGCGAGUUUUGGCAGGACGUCAUGGUGGACAAACAAUUGGGACCUCUGGUCAUGGGCGAACUAACUCUGGACGACGAAAUUGCCCUGAAAGCCUACUAUACCGUUGAGAAUUUGCAGGAUAACGAGUCAAACGAGGUAGAAGACAUGGAUAAGUGACUUAUUAUAUAUAUUUAUAAGGAGCAAAUGUUUUAUCCUUCGUCAUUUAUACACUAUACUUUACCUUUACUUGAAAAUAAAAUUGUUAUUAAAUUUAUAUUUUAAACUCAAAAA